AUGAAUCACCAAUAUUCUCACUAUCCCAAUACGUCAGCGUAUCCAAGUAGCUGGCAUCCACAACCAAGUUCGUACGCAAGCUCUAGUGCACAUCAGAUCCCACCCAUCUACCAGCAACCUCCCCUCCCCCCUUCAUCCACGCUCCUAGCCGGCCCCUCCGUCAGUCACAGCGCAACAUUCAUGGAUCGUGGGUACAUAGCGUGCAUGUUCGAGACGUCUUCGAGGACAUACUGGGGCGCUGUCUUGAAAGCAACUCCCGAGCAACUACAUCUACAAACGAGCACCGGUCCAUCCCCUUGCUGGCGCAUCAGUCCACAGGAUCACACGGCUGGAGCACAAAACGCCGGACGCGUUCUUGACUACAUGCUUGACGCGGAUUACGUCGCGGGUCCAGUGGUACCGCAGCAACUCUGGCAGCCACUAUACAAGCGCAUCCGAGAAGUUCUCGUGGAGAACUCGCGGCUUUGCAUGCCGAUCUUUUUCAUCGUUCAGGAGACUGGACGCGUGGGUCUUUCUCUGUCCGAUGCUUUGGCGAAGAAGCACUACCUGCUGCACGGCCAUAAUGAAGCCGUAGAUCUCGGCGGCAAGGUUACUACGCAUAUACGAAUACUGUGGAAAGGCUAUGUUGAGUACAAGCGCCAAAUCCAGAUCCAAGACCAGACACGCGACCGCAACCCCAUCACUCUCGGUCGUCUAGUCGAGCACGUCGCACGGACUGUGCAACGUUUCAUCGAGAAGCCUCCCCAGCGGAAUGAAGAUGAUUUCGACCCACGCUGGACCGUCGGUCCGCAAGGUAUCUCGACGAACGACCUUAUCCUCGUCGGGAUAGUGCAUUCGAGCGCUGGAACCUGGCAACCUAUUCUCCGACUCUCACGACCUCUGCCGCACCUCGCGCAAGCAUUCGCGCCGCGACCCAACCCUCCGACGUUCCAUCCAGAUCCAUAUGGCCACCCUCCAUCGCCCGAGUUCUCCCUAAACUAUCUGCGUAGUGUGUCCUCUGGGAGCGACUACGACUUUUCGGGUCAUGCACACUCCCCGCAGCAAUUCCCGACAACAAUUGCUCAAACACCUUCGCCACCUGAACAUCGAUACCCGAACUCCUACCCAUCUUCCCCGAAUCCUCAAAUGCUGUAUACGGAUGGCGCUUACCUGUCUCCUUCGCCUCCGUACAGCGCGUAUCCGUACACAUAA